GGAAACCAAUGGGUAACCGUGUUUCCUAACCCGAUCUAAAAAAGUUUUGAAUAGAGUUUUCUGCGAGCUUUAAGGGUUUUUCGUUGGAGAGCUCAGGGAUGUCGUCAAAAAUGUUUCAAGUAAUGCGUACUGGCAGGUUGGGCCUUCUCUUCACUGCCGCAGUCUUUUCAGUCAGCACCAUUUCUGCGUCAGUCGCACGUGAUACGACUGCUGACGCGGGCAGGGAGCAGCCGGAUGAAACGCCGCUCCAUAUGCUGGUUUCCAUCAAAGAGCAGAAGAUCAAGGUCUACCGUGGAUUGGACCUGAUCGAAGUGUCGCCGAUUUCGUCCGGCAAGCGAGGGCACAGCACGCCGACUGGUGUGUUUUCGAUUUUGGAAAAGCGCCGCAAGCACUUCUCAAAUCUCUAUGACAAUGCGCCGAUGCCUUUCAUGCAGCGCCUGACCUGGUCUGGAAUCGCGCUCCAUGUAGGGCGGCUUCCUGGUUAUCCCGCCUCGCAUGGCUGUAUCCGACUGCCCCGUUCCUUCGCAAAGUCGCUCUAUUCCAUGACAGAGCGCGGCAUGCAUGUUGUUGUGACGCGUGAUCACGCGGAGCCUGUGUCCGUUCGUCACGGCGUGUUGCCACAGCCCUAUGUGCCGGCAACUGAAGUGGCAAGUCUUUCCGGGCAAACCAUCGCCUCGGAUCCUGCCUUGCGCGGUGCGAUCCGCCCUGCGAACCUGCAGACUUCGCUGCCGGUCGCACAGCCGGAAAAUCCAUAUUUUGAUCGUCCGCUGCGGAUGAUCAUCACGCCUCAGAAACUUCCGAGCAAGAGAAGGGUGUUGCAGCGCCUGCUGAACCAGAUGGGCUACAACGCCGGUCCGGUUGACGGAGUUGUCGGCCGCAAGACCCGUGCAGCAAUCCGCCUCUAUCAGGAAGGUGCCGACCUGCCGGUUACCGGACGCAUCACGGAUGCACUCGUCGCACGUAUCCAUAUGGAGGCAGGUUACGAAAAGCCGCAGAACGCGAUCCUUCGUGUUCGCCGCAAGUUUUCGGAUAUCUAUUCGGCCCCGGUCUCCGUCAAGAAUAUCGACCAGGAAAUCGGCACACAUGUUUACACCGCUCUCGACUUUGAAAGGGGUGACAACUCCGUCGAAUGGAUUGCGGUCUCUGCCGAAGGAGAACGUGGCGGUCAAUCGGACGAGUUGCUGAACCGGAUCGAAAUUCCGAAAAAGGUUGCCACGGAGCUUGCCAAGAUGCUGACACCGGGCACCUCGCUGACGAUCACGGACCGGAGCUUCAAGCGCAACACCGGUCUGGGAACCGACUUCGUGGUGAUCACCCGCUGA